AAAAACACUCCUGAAAAUGUGAUAAAUGUGGUUUCUGGAGGACGUACAUCUGAAAUUUAACCAAAUAUGUCCCAGUCACUGUCACUUUUCCAAUUUUCUCACGUGAACAGUGCGCCCGUUUUAUUCAAGCUUUCUGCUGUAGGCAUAAGCUGGCAUGUGAACUCGCCAUAAGAUGCCUUUCAUUACGCUUUUUUGUGCGACGUUGGUUGUACGUUGAAAAUGUAUCCAAAUUUUAAAUCCAUUUGAAUUACCAAAAUGGAUCACUCAAAAUGACUGAACAUUUCGGUGUACCAAGUUUUAUUCGGGUAACCAAAGUGUCUGGCUUUGAAAAGAGAAUAAAUGAUAUUGUUUAUUGUAGUCCAUUAAAAUCCACGGAAAAUUCGAAUGUAGUCAUAUUUUUUGGGGGAGAUGUGCAGGACUUCACAGAAAAUAUGGCUAGCCAUAGAGACAAUAAACGCCAUGUGAAGUGGAACUUGGAAAACACUGCCCAAUUAAUGGGAACUAAAUUUGUUGACUGCCACAUAGUUGUUGUACGCCCAGUAAGAAUGGAUUACAAAACGUUUAGCUGCUAUGAAAACUUUGUUCCUUGUGCUAAAUGUGGAGUACCAGACCAUACCCCAAUGCACAAUUCUUUGACACAUUUGGAAAAAUUGUUGAGCAGCUUGUCUCAAAGGCUGAGAAGUAUGACUGACGAAGAACUGAAUGCGGCUAUGGAACAUUCCAAAAACUCUGUGAUCUCAGACGAUUCAUGUGAAUCUUCAAGUCGUCACGAAAAUUUAGUUCCUGGUUGGAGAGAGCAAAUUGAUCUACAAAACUGUGAUAUUAAACUCGUUGGGUUUAGUAAAGGUUGUGUGGUUUUGAACCAAUUUCUCUACGAGUUUCAGUAUUAUAAAACAUUCUCUUCAGACGAUUCUGACACUUGCAAAAUAAUAUCGAGAAUAAAACAAAUGUAUUGGUUAGACGGCGGACAUGCCGGUGGAAAAAAUACUUGGAUAACUUCUAAGCCAUUGCUAGAAACUCUAGCAAAUUUACGAAUAUCGAUUCACGUUCACGUCACCCCUUAUCAAAUCAAAGAUGAUCAUCGGCCUUGGAUAAGGAAAGAAGAAAAAUUGUUCAGCGAGACUCUUAAAAAAUUUGGGGCGCCCGUUCACAGAAAAAUUCAUUUUGAAAAUGAUUCUCCUAGUUUGGAAAUGCAUUUUAGUAUUUUAAAUGAAUUUAUGCAGUGUGAUGCUGAUUAUUCCAAAUGAUCUCAAUUGUGUGCUGCUGUGUAAUAGCUUAAUUUUUGCAAACUGUGUACAUAUUUUCAAUUUCCCAGUUAUGGAAACUCAAAUAUAUAGUUCAACAAAUAAACAUUAUUAAGUACUAAGAGAGAAUUUGU